UUCUCAGACAUUGGAGGAAGUGUUUGACAUCUCAUCCAUUAACAAGCAUACAGCUAGCUAUGAAAAGAAACUCCUUCCUCAUCCUCUCAUAACUGAAAUCAAAAUUCAAGUUUUCUGAAAUACCAACGAAAAUGAAGUUACUAGGCUGGAUGCAUCGUAAGUUCCGCCAAAAUAGCAGUGAACCACUAAAAGAUUUUGUCAUUGGGCAGCCGUCACUUGAUGAUCAACAAUGCUACCCAAAGUCAAACUAUGGCACCAAACCCUUCAAACAAGCCCAAAAAGACCACCACCUUCGGAACUCUUUCACUGGUCUAGAAGCAGCCAGAGUAGACGAUGAAGACUAUGAAGAAGAAUCAUCAGCUGCAAUAUCUGAGCUCUUCCAUGGCUUUCUGGCAAUUGGUACCCUUGGUACAGACCAAGUCAUUGCUGACCCGUCGACACCAACAUUUGCCAUCUCUGUUGAGAACAUAACUGAAAAAGAAACAGAGGUGACAGAGAAUGAUUUGAAGCUCAUCAAUGAUGAGUUGGAAAAGGUGCUGGGAGCUGAAGUUAAAGAUGAUGGUUGCAAUGAUUCAUCUGGGAGAAACAGUCAUGUAAGCACCGGAAGAAGUAGUCAUGUGAGCACUGGAAGAAGUAGCCAUGGUAGCACCAUUACACUCAGUGGCAAGCCAAUAGAAGGCCCAGAGACCAAUGGGAAUGGAACUACUGUCUGCCCACUCCAAGGAUAUCUUUUUGGGUCAGCAAUUGAAUUGUCAGAAACAACAACAGUGGCAAAGAAGGAACAUAGGACAUCUCUUGGUGAGCUGUUUCAGAGGAGUAAAAUAGCAGAGGAGAAUUCUGGAGCAAAGUGCGAAAGGGAUGAGAGGCGAACAGAGAAGGAAGCGGAUAAGUCUGCCAUAAACCUGAUGAAAAAGAUACUGAAGAAAAAAAUGGUCCAUGCUUCUUCUAAGAGCUCUACAGCAGCUGGUGGUGGACCUCUUGAUUCUGCUUCAGCAGAGACAAAACUGCAAAAGAUCCUUCAAAUGUUCCACAGAAAAGUUCACCCUGAAAACUCAAUAGCAACUCAAAAGUCUAACAAGACCCAAAAGACUGAAAACAAGAAGAAAUUAACCCAUAAUGGGGACUAUCACAAUGGAGAUCCGGUGCCCCCAGAUGAAGAAAUAAUGUCAUAUCCAAAAAUGGCACUUUCAAAGGAGAGCAUACGACGCUACAAGAGCCAAUCUAACCCACCGCAGUUUACACUCAGCAGCAGCGAUUCAAAUGGGAACAGGGAGCACUGGAUCAAAACAGAUGCAGACUACUUAGUGCUGGAGCUCUAAAAGGCAGAAGUAGCAGUUCAGUGUAGUUUGUCACCCCUGAGCAGUGAGCAGUGAGCGGUGAGCAGUGAGCAGUGAUAUCAUCUUUAUAAGAAUCACCUUGUUGAUGAUGGUUGCCAAUGGCAUUAUGUGUUAAUUAGCUUGAGUUAAACAAUUAAAUAAAAGAGGCACUCCUCUUAUAAGCCUAUCUAUGAGUGAUCAAUUUUAAAUGUAAGGUACAUCUGUUUCAGUAAGUAAUCAU